GGUCGUUGGAUUCACGUUCCCAUUACGGGUUGCUAAUUGGCCUUGGAUUAAAACUGACUCUCGCAUGUGUAUUGCUACAUGAACAACUGUGCGCAACUAUAUCUCCAUGCUUUCAUGGAUUAACACCGGAUUAAUGUUAAUACAUGGAAGGAGGAUUAUACCAGUGCUUAUUCACCGACGACAAUAUUCUUUGCAUCUGUAGGAACCUAUCGGACGCCAAACUCAGAAACUAACGGGGCAUGUAGUCUCUCAUGAAGUCUCGGUUCCUCUUUCUAAAUGGGGUUUCUGUGCUAUCAAUGGACAAGUGCUCUCUUUUGAAGUACUGAUAAUGCCAUUCUCGUCUCGAACUUAUGUGUUAAGAUGCCAUAACUGACCGAGUCUCGGUGGUGUUUUCAUUGUUCUAAACUUUGACAGUGAAUCUAGCAUAUGAAGGAAUGUACUCUGCGUCCUACAAGUGCUGAAUCGAAAUUAUGAUGAAAGACAUGAACCUAGUAUCUGAGGAGAAGUUGGCGAGGAUCAAAAAGAAUUCCAGAAUUGUGUCUCCUUGGAAACGAAAGCCAUUCAAGGCUUUGAAAUCUGAUCCAGGACUACCAAUAAAGGAUAAAGGAUUCGAUGAUAGCUCAGAUGACACAUUGUCCUUGAGCCGGUCUGGGACUUUCUUUGACUUUGACAAACAGAUGACGUCGACUGACCCCCAGCGAAGUCAACAUCACCACUUCCUUAGGCGUAUGUCUUCUUUCAAUCUUACCAAGUCGUACACGAUGCCUGACCUCUUCGAUUCGUCGACAAAACUCAAGGACAUACACGAAGAAUCUCUGAUGCGUCGAAAUUUUCGUGAAAAUCUAGUCAAGAGACGCCUACACACAACGCAAAAUGUGAGUGUACACCCGCUAUCCAACAGUCGUAAUAAACUGGAAAAGUUACAUGAAAUUUUAUUACAUAGUCCCAUUCCAACUGACAACCCUCAUUUAGUGGUGUCGGCGGAGGAAAAGAAACUAGUGGCCGAUUCACGGCGGAAAAGUGUAGAAGAGUCCGGUUUGUGGCAGCUAGCCUCGGCACAAGUGUUCAAAAUUAAGGCACAGAAAACCAACAGUUUAGAAGACCACGCCAUGGCUAUGUUUACAAGAAAGGUCGCCAUAAACAAGAUGAGACAGAGGAUCGAGAAGAAGCUGGAUUUACCCAAAGACCACUUCUCUAGAGUCGCCACUCUGCGCAGCAAUGUACAACACAUAGAACGUCGGUUCCGGAACAUCGUGCAUGGCUCCUCCACGGACGCAGGCGGCUCCACCAGUAUCCAUGCUCUGCAGCGGUUCAACGUAGAGGACGAGCAGAAUAGAGACCCUAAGUUUAUGAAACCAGGGGAAGCCCUGCAGUUCUUUCGUCGAUAUGCCAGAAUCGUUCUCAUCAUUCUAAAAUGGAUUGAACUCAUAAUGGACUCAAGCGAGGGAAACAAGCUGGAGAGAGAGCUGAAGUCGUUCGUGGACAUCGCUAAUGAGGUCUCUGAUGAUAAUGUGUCCAGGACCAUGGAUGAGUAUGGAUUGUCGUUUGACAAAAACUACUUUGUAGCCAGAAAGGAGAUAUCAUUAACACAGGACCACAGAAAAACGUUAACUACUCGUUGGAAUUUUCGUACUCCUGAAAUGAUCAAACAGGUCAUGCACGGCCUGCAGGCGUUGCGAUCUCUAUCAGAGUAUCCGCUCGUGACGCAGGAAAAACUCUGCCAGGUCGCCUGGUACCAAACGCUUGGACCAAAGAAAGCAAUAGUCCGUCAGGGUCAUGACGCAGAAUCAUUCUAUUUUAUUUUGGCUGGAACUGCAUUUGUUAAAAAAAUGAUGACAGACACAAACAGUGGUGAAACACGUCUCAAUACAGUGGCUCGUUUGACAAGAGGCAUGAGCUUUGGAUACUCAUGGGAAGAUGGGGAAAUUGGUCUGAUUUUUAACACCAAGAGAACAGCUACUGUGGAGAGCGCGACCUCUAUGGAGUUGUUAGUGAUAGGGAAGGACGAUUUCAACAGAAUAUUCAUGAAUGACAACGAUGAAGAGGAAUCGGAGCAUGUCAAAUUUUUAAGACAAGUUCCCAUCAUGCAACACUGGCCAAUGGAUUAUCUAAGGGGAGAACCCGGGACGUGUAUUCUUCAUUACUUUAAACGGGGUACACUUGUGUCAGACGAUGGGAAGAAAAGUGAAUGGCUAUAUUUCAUUAAAUCGGGUUCCUGUGAAGUACUGAAAAAGCUACGAAAUGUAAAAGCACGAAAGUCUAGUCAAAUAAAAAGAAAACCUGAUCCGAUCACGGAAAUAGUUCUGCCGGAACUUGGAGGAGGACCAGAUUCUAAAGUUGAUAGUGGACAGCGUAGGAAAAAACACAAACUUUACAUGAACACCGAUGUAUUCCAAGACAUGGCAAAUUAUUAUGAGGCCCUGAGAAGGAAAUUAGCUAAGGAGGGAAGUGAUAGGCCCAACGAAGACGAUGUCCACCUUCCUCGUCUUUCCCUAAGCCCUCACAACAACCUUGUCACUGUACCAGAAACGAAAGAUGAGGACAAUCUUGAACCUCAAAAUGACUUAGAUGUACAAAAUGGAUCCAAAGAGGAGAAAAUUUUGUGCAUCCCCCCAGUGGGUUGCAGAAGUCCAUUUUCAAGUGUAUCCGAGAGUAGAUUUAUGGCGGGACCAAAUGUCCGAUAUAAAACUCAUUUUAUAAUGCCAACAUCCGCCAUGUUGAAGAAAGACGAACCUCUGAAACAGAUAGAGGGAUCAGAAGAGGACGAUACCUCAAAGAAUCACUGUGUAUUUGUCAAACUCGCCCUUCUACAAAGCAAAGACGUCUUUGGUUUGGAUACAUUGACGGGGUGGGGCAGUGAAGAUUUAGACGAUAUGCUAAAUGACUCUCCAACAACUUGUCUGGUCAGCAAAGGAGCAGAAAUAGUGAUGCUUUCGAAGAAAGUGUUCCUGAAAUACAUCAAUGAAAGUGUACGCAAUAGCCUGCGCGAGUCUAUCCGUGCUUAUCCACGUGAACAAAAACUGCAGGAGAAUUUUCAAAACAAGCUUGACUGGGAGGAUUAUAAAAGUUCUUUGCUUACCACAAUACUACACAACCCGGUUGGGAGUUUUGUGUCGCCAGUCAAUGUGUAACUCUAGAUGUUAGAGGAAAAAUUUCAGUGAGUGGAAAUGUGGAGAUCCCUAAAGAAUUUGUGAAUAAACCAGCUUAAAAUUUUAUUUAUGCACAACAAAAACAAAUAUUAACAACAGAAAGAGGAAGAAAAGCAACAUAAGUAAUCCAAUGAUGAAAAUACCACAUAUAUAUGUUGAAGUUACAUAAUGCCUUAAAAUUGCUUCAACCUCAAUAUACAUGUAUAAUGAACAAAUGCAUGAAGUAUACAAUAAAUCGCAUCAUUCACAGUGCAGGAGUUUGAAAAUGGUCAGUAAAAUCGUUUUUCAUAUGUUUAUUUAAGGGCAAAAUAGCAUCACUCCAUCAAAGCCAUUAAUUUUUUUCAUUUCAAAAUCAAUAUACACUACACUGUUUUAUGUUUGAAGCUCUGAAAGAAUGUACAGAAUGACAUUAUAUUUUGUUGGUACACCACAAUGUAUGAAUAAAUGGCCACUGACUGUUA